AUGGCUGACGACGAAUCUAAAGUCAUUGAGACAAGCCUCAGCAACGUUCCUAAUUAUGAAGUGGCAGAUUCUGCGUUUAUACUUUCAGAGCCCAGACUUAAGGACCAGCAUGAAACUAGCCUAAAGUUUGUGCUUGAGAAAGUCCAACAAGAGGCCAUGGCACCAUUCUACAAGUACCUCUACGACGACUACUUGCCAAAGGGCACUUUCCAAUGGGACGAGUCGUUUUACAAGUCGCUUCUCGAUCGCAACCAACAGGAAAUCACUGAGCUGAAGGAACGCAUCCAGGAAGUUGAAGACAAAGAUGAAGGAGAAUUGGAGAAAGCACAAGCAUGGGUCAAACUCGGAGAGUACUAUGCGCAAAUUGGUGAUAAGACGAACGCGGAAGAGACUUUGGCGAAGGCGCUCGACAAAGCUGUCUCCACAGGCUCCAAGAUUGACAUCAUGCUCACUAUAACAAGGCUAGGAUUUUUCUACAACGACCAGGAGUUCGUGAAGGAGAAACUGGAGCAGACCAACAGCAUGAUCGAGAAGGGCGGUGACUGGGAAAGAAGAAACAGAUACAAAACUUACAAAGGUGUACAUUCAUUGGCCAUUCGGGAUUUUAAAGAAGCGGCCGAUCUUUUGGUUGAUUCCUUGGCCACUUUCACGUCUUCCGAACUUACGUCAUACGAAAACAUAGCAACCUACGCCUCUGUAGCCGGUCUAUUCGCGCUAGAGAGAACAGAAUUGAAGGACAAGAUUGUUGACUCACCUGAGGUUUUAUCCCUGAUGGGCAGCACUAAAGCACUACAGUCAAUAUCCUCGCUGACUAUAUCGCUAUACACUUCCGAGUAUUCCAGUUAUUUCCCAUACCUUUUGGAAACUUACGAAACUGUCUUGAUGCCAUCCAAAUAUCUGAACAAACACGCGGAUUUUUUUGUGCGUGAAAUGCGGCGCAAAGUAUACGCGCAGUUACUGGAGUCUUACAAGACUCUCUCGAUCAAAACCAUGGCCAGCGCCUUUGGUGUAUCUGUUGACUUCCUAGACAAGGAUUUGGGCAAGUUUAUCCCUAACAAACAACUAAACUGUGUUAUUGACAGGGUCAACGGCAUUGUUGAAACCAACAGACCGGAUAACAAAAAUGUACAAUACCAUCUGCUGAUAAAACAAGGUGAUGGGUUGCUCACCAAGUUGCAGAAGUACGGUACCGCGGUUAGACUCACUGGUGCCGACCGCGUGGUAUAG